CAAAACGUCAAAGCUCUGUCAGCGACCUUCGCGGAGGAACGAACGACAUCAGCAGCAAAAUUUCAAGAUUCGUCGUCGUCGUCAGUUCGUGCGGGAUUAAAAUUCGUCGUCGUCGUCGAAAAGAAAACUGUUUUCUCCGGAAAAUUACCUGUGGUACAACAAAAUAACUGGUGGAACCGUGUGAAAUAGUGAACGGGUGAAAUUGUUCCGUUGGGAGUGAUUCCAAUCCAGUGCAAAAAAGUGAGUUUCUUUUGGGGGGCUGAUUACGGGGUUCGAUUUUUCGCAUUCGCUUCUUAUCGGGCUGUGAUUGGUUGUCGUCGGGGGAAUUGGGCUUACGACAACGGCACCACGGGAAGCAAGGAAAACCCUCCGGGGUUUUGCAUUGAAUUCCAGUUUUGAUGGUGGUGCUGAUGUGGAUUCAGUUCGGGAGUGCCAGUAAUUUGAGGAGGAAUUGCUUUUAAUUGAGUUUCAGUGGAAGAUAUUGAACGGAGAAGGGUGGUGACUUAAUCUCUGUUCGGAGUAUCGUCCAAGGACGAAGAUCAGUUUUAAAAUGUGAAGAGUGCAACACCCUUCGCUCCUCUGGAAACAGCCGUCAACAAUCACGGAAAGUCCCGGAACAACACUGACAACUCACCAUCACCAUUCAUGUGGCUGUCAUCCUGCCGUGCAUAUCAAACUAGAACCAAUAAACAGUAGUGUGGUCGUGAAAAUUAAUCAACGUGCUGGAUGAUUUACCUGGUGGCGCAAAAUCAAUUGUCGUUCGUUGAGUGAGAGGGAGUUGACGACGGUUCACACCCCCGGUUCGGAAGAAGAUGGCCGAAUCCAUCAUCUCGGACUGGAUCUCGGAGUACAACUCGCUGCAGGACUCCGAGCUGCGGUCCUUUGCCGCCCAGCAUGAAAAUGAUUUCGAAAUCUCCAAGGCCCUGUACACCGUCCUGAACGAACGUGCCAAGUAUAAAGAUCUCAUAUACCCGGUAUGCAAUCAGCUGUGCAAUUUCUACCGCUCGAAUGAAAUCGAGCUGAGGCGAUUCACGCUGCAGUUUGUCCCGAUGAUGAUAUAUCUAUAUCUAAGUUCGGUGGCGUUGGGCGAUAAGAAAGGUUGCCGGUCCAUCGAGACGUUGCUCAUCUGUAUCUACAACAUCGAAGUCAGCUCGGACGAUGGCACAUCGAAGGUGGUGUCCUUUCGGAUGCCGGUGCUUGCUCAGGCAUCGAUCUAUCAUGAGGAGAAAACCUUGCACCCGAGUGACCUCCGCCGCUGGGAGGAGAACAGCAACAAGGAAAUCAGCUGGGGUCCGCUGCCCUCGAUCGAGUCCAUCAACGCCCAGAACCGACUGAAGGUGAUGACGGCUCUGCUGUUCACCUACAAUCAACAGCUGAAUCAAAUCCACAAACCCGCCCUGUAUCACCUGUGUCGGACCACCUCGCUGCUGGUCAACCAGGGCUUCCCCAAGGCCAGUGGCCACAUGCACCGGCCGUCCUACGGGACGGAUCCGACUUCGCCGCAAUCGGCGAGCAGUUCGCCCAAUCAAACCUCGCUUUCCAUCAGCAAACCGGUGCCCCGGAUAGCGGUCAGUUCGCAGUUUCUGGUGGAACUCGCCCACGCCAACUACUUUGCCAUGUUCAACGAAUUCGCUUCGGCUGCCAUCGAGGCCGUCAACGACCUGCAUAGCCGGGCAUGCUACGAGAUGCUACCGGAGGUGAUAUUAGUUACGAAUGCAAUCCGAAAUUCGCUCCAUGCGAAUCCUUCUGGUCAACCGAGUGACGGUCCGAUGGGUAUCAGUGUGGCGCUAACUCCGGCGACCACCACGGUGACGGUGUCGAAAUCCAUGAUCACCAACGCAUCGUUCCGAACGAAGAAACUUCCAGACGAUCUGGAAGUAGAGUUUGUCAAUAGUCUCCAGUCGACGCAGCAGGAGAUGAUGACCAAACUGGCGGUCAUCGAUGCGGACGGUCAGGUGGUGAUGAACGGAGCGCCCAACGGAGUGGUCAACGGCGCAGCAGGAGAAGAGGACGGUCGGCAGACGGAGCCGAAGAAGAAGGAAUCACGCAAGUGGAAGAACUGGGGCUGGAAGAGCAACAUGAACACCACACCGAAGCAGACCAGCAUCGAGGAGGAGGGCGAUUCUCCGAAAAAGUCCGCCUCGUCCAAGCACUCUAGUCCGGCUGAAUCCCCGAAGCAUAAGCUUCUGGGAAACAACAAAGGCGCACCGGAAACAGACUCAAACAGCAUAUCGCCCGCCUCGCUGAGGCGGAAAAAGUUCCUUACCAGCAAGAAUCAAUCACCGGUCAACCGAUCGGAAGCCCGGGCCAGUGCCGGAGCACGGUUGUACGAGGAACUGGAUAGCCUGCAGGACUCGGACGACGAACUGCAAGCGCUGAUUAUCAAUGGACGUCCGGCUACGAUACAUCUUAUUCAACCUUCCACGAUACCCGACGACAUCCCCAUCCAAGGCCCCACCAAGGAGGAGAACGGCCAGCUGAGCAGUAUUAACGAGGAAAGUGAAAGCGGCGGGGACGGGCCCAAGUCCGGCCCCGGCAAGGUGAAAGACUCCAAAACCCACAAGGUGCUGGUGAACUUUAUGAAGCUGAAAGAAAAGGACAAGGAUAAGGACGACGGGGGCGGGGGUGGUGGAAUGGGGGGCGGUGGGGGUAAUAAGAAAUCUUCCGGCGGGAUGAAGGAGAAGCUGGGUGGGAAGCAAUCGCAGCUCCAGAUGCAACAGCAGACCAGUGCCGAGCUGAUCGAAGCGGAACGGGCCAGCCCGCAGACGGCGGCCAAGCGGAAGAGCAAUAGUAUUGAUAUUAUCAACAGUAUGCCGUCGGCGGGUGUGCUGGGAAGUGGGGGUGUAGGCGGCGGAGGGGAACUGAUUGUGGGGGUGGUGAAACAAUCGGUGCCAUUGUCGAACGGGGGUGUGAUGAUGGGAACGGACGAUAAGGAUGUGCUGGACGGGGUGGAUCGGAACGGUGGCGUUGCUGGGACGAAUCCGCUGGAAGUGGGUGAAUCGUUCGACUCGGGAAACGAGAUGAGCCUCAACAACAACAUCAACAACAAUAACAACCUGGACAAAUCCGCGCUGGACAUGAAGAACCACGGCAGUAUACAAGUUAGUCAAGUUUAAAGAUUCAUCAGCUGGAAAUGUGUUACGUAAUUGUGUUAGAGUCGUUUAUGUUGUUUAACUUUUGAGUUAUUUACAGAUCAUAGUUUUUUUUUAUACUCGGUACAAUCCUUUUGCGGUAUUAGGUUGGUGUAUGUUCGCUAGUAUGAGUUCGAUUAUGUGGUUUUAUGUUAAUAGAAAGACCUUUUCCCUACUAUGAA